AUGAAUCCAAAUUGUAAUCAAGUUUUAAAAGAAGAUAAAGAAGUAAUAUGUGAUAACAAAACAGUGAUCAAAUACACAUUAGAAAACCCAUCCCAGAAUCUAGAAUACAAAUUAAAGGUCUCUUAUAUUAUAAAUGAACCAACUGCCCCUCCUCAUUUGUUUGGUGGAAUUUUUUCAUCCUUUGGAGUAGAAAAAAAUACAAACAUAAAAUAUUACAACUAUAUGGAAUAUUUAAUGAUAGAAGAAAAACAAACUAUUAAAAAUAACCGAAAUGGAGUAAAAAACAAUAGUAAUCAAAAAAAUAUUAAUAAUCAAACAAAUAAUAAUUUAAAUAUUGUCUAUAAUCAUUUUAAUAAUUUUAAUUUGAAUAAUAAUAUGGGUAAUAAUUGCAACAAUAAUAACAACAACUGCGCAAAUAUAACUGCUACAACAACAACUAUAAUAAAGCAACCAAAUAUCAACAAAUUCACUUAA